AUGCAUCUCUCUCUUUUCUCUCUCUUUUCCCUCCUCUCCGCGUCAACACUGGCAACCGCAGCAUCCGCCGCCCGUCAUCUCACCAUCACCAUCCCCCCCUCGACCAUCCUCCCCAACCCGAAUAUCCUCUCAGCCAAUACUCACGCGACGCUCACAACCUUCACAAAGAACACAAACUACAAUCACCACUUCGCUGCACCCCUCACCCGCUCCGCAACCUUCAACUUCCACCAUCUCCCCGCCUCCUCGAAGCCUGAAUCCUACCUCCUCGACAUCCGCUCCCCGGAGUAUGUUUUCGCUCCGCUCCGCGUCGACGUCGCUGCCGAUGGCUCUCUCCUGGGUAUCUGGGAGACCUUUCGCGGCAACCCCUGGGAUAAUCGCGGCGCGGAGAAGUUCGUCUUUGAUGCGAGUGCUCCCCGCGGUGGUAACAGUGGAGCUGAAGAAGCUGUAAUGGUUGAGGCGAAGGUUCUGGCCCGGAGAGGAUUCUAUGAGGAGAGGUCGAAGUUCUCUCCCCUGGCUUUGUUCAAGAAUCCCAUGAUCCUGAUGGCUUUGGUGGCUCUUGGGUUCACCUUUGGAAUGCCCAAGUUAAUGGAGAAUAUGGACCCCGAAAUGCGCGCCGAAUUCGAGAAACAGUCUCGCUCUUCUCCCAUCGGAGGCGCAACCAGGAGUGCUAUGGCUGGCGGUGGGGCUCCCGGGAACUUCGAUCUGGCUGGCUGGAUGGCCGGUGCUACUCCUAGACCCGGUGCAUCUGGCGCGGAAGCUGCGGCUGCGGUUGAAGGAGCGGCUGCUACAACGGGCCGGGAGAGCGGUGGUGCAUCACGGAGAAGAGGUUGA